UUUGCAGUCUCUGAUCACCCUAUAAUCACAAACUUUGAGUCAACAGAUAUGUCCAUAAAUUAAAGCCGCAAGAGUCACUUAACAUCCAGCUGUGUCUUUUCCACAAUUAUGCAGUUGUAUAGCUUUUUUUUCCAACACAGUCUCCAGGAUAUUGAUGUGUCAUAAGGAAAUCCUCCUUUGGCUGGUUUUGACUAUAAAAGUGAAGGUUGAAAGGUUGAAGACAAACUUGAUCAGAAGGGAAAGAUGGGAGCUCUAACUGUCCUACUCUGUCUGCUUCUGACUGCUAAAGGCUUUCAAGCAACACCCAAAUGGCCAUGGGACACAACAACAACCGAAUGGCAGUGGAACACAGAAUCUGCAAUGCUGGAUCCUUCUGCAGCCCCAUGUGGUGGCUACAUGACAGACAGGAUGGGUGAAUUUUUCAGCCCUCAGUACCCUCAUAACUACCCCAACAAUGCACAAUGCUCAUGGACCAUUCAUAGCACAGGGACAAUGACUGUGUUAUUGACCUUCACAUAUAUUGAUUUGGAAAAAUGCUGUGACUACAUUAGAGUGUUUGAUGGUCCUUCUUCUCUCGAACCUUUACUGGGAGAACUGCGGGAAAACAGGAGAUACUCCUUUAACUCCACCAGGAAUGACCUGACUGUGGUUUUCUACAGCGAUGGAAGUGUAACACAAAGAGGAUUUCGAGCAGAAUGGGUCUUUACAUCUUCCCCAUCCUGCAGGGAUAACUGUGGAUACCACCUCGGCAGCUGUUCAUGCUCCAGCUCCUGUCAGUACUAUGGAAACUGUUGUCAUGACUACUACAGCUACUGCUCAGCGUCAACUGACUUGCCAGACACGACAACAGCUUCCCCCUCCUGCAGGUAUAACUGUGGAUACCACCUCGGCAGCUGUUCAUGCUCCAGCUCCUGUCAAUACUAUGGAAACUGUUGUCAUGACUACUACAGCUACUGCUCAGCGUCAACUGACUUGCCAGACACGACAACAGCUUCCCCCUCCUGCAGGGAUAACUGUGGAUACCACCUAGGCAGCUGUUCAUGCUCCAGCUCCUGUCAGUACUAUGGAAACUGUUGUCAUGACUACUACAGCUACUGCUCAGCGUCAACUGACUUGCCAGACACGACAACAGCUUCCCCCUCCUGCAGGUAUAACUGUGGAUACCACCUCGGCAGCUGUUCAUGCUCCAGCUCCUGUCAGUACUAUGGAAACUGUUGUCAUGACUACUACAGCUACUGCUCAGCGUCAACUGACUUGCCAGACACAACAACAGCUUCCCCCUCCUGCAGGUAUAACUGUGGAUACCACCUCGGCAGCUGUUCAUGCUCCAGCUCCUGUCAGUACUAUGGAAACUGUUGUCAUGACUACUACAGCUACUGCUCAGCGUCAACUGACUUGCCAGACACGACAACAGCUUCCCCCUCCUGCAGGUAUAACUGUGGAUACCACCUCGGCAGCUGUUCAUGCUCCAGCUCCUGUCAGUACUAUGGAAACUGUUGUCAUGACUUUUACUGGUAUUGCCCAGUUUCCACAACAACAGACUAUCACCCUGAGUGUGGAGGACACCUGUAUGGUUCUGGGCUAUUUUCCACUCCCAAUUAUCCCAAUUAUUAUCAUGACAAUGCCUACUGUGUGUGGUAUCUCUCUGCUCAGCAAGGCCAGAGGAUCUUCCUGUCAUUUACUGAUGUGCAAUUGGAGCGCUGCUGUAACUGUGACUACAUCUCUAUAUAUGAUGGCUCUUCCACUAGUUAUCCACUGCUGGGACAGGUCUGCUUCAAUGACACCACGCAUCAGGCCUUCCACUCAUCUUCACGAUACCUGACUGUUCUCUUCAGAAGUGACUACUCUGGUGUCAGCCAUGGUUUUAAGGCCCUAUUCACUAGCUCUCUCACCGCAGAUCAAGGUCGCGUUGACUGUUCCUCAGACAACAUGGUCAUUGUCAUUCAAACAUCUUACCUGAACUCACUUGGAUUUAGUGGAAAUGACCUUUAUGUGGAUGACCAUCUUUGCAGACCCACAAUUACCAGUACUGAAGUUGUAUUUCACUUCCCUCUUGACACAUGUGGGACCGGCAAAGAGAUGAUGAAUGGUUAUGUGACCUACACCAAUAAUGUGCGUGCGUCUCAGUCUCAGUCAGGAGAGAUCACACGUCAGUCACAGUUCCUACUGCAUGUGGGCUGCCGAAUGGAGCCAGACACCAUGGUGGAGAUUUUCUACAAGGCCAAAGAGAAUAUCAAUGCCAACAUCACUGGAAUGGGCCGUUUCAAUGCAAGCAUAGCCUUCUACACCUCCAGCAGUUUUACCCAACAAAUUUACGACUCUCCAUACGAGGUGACCCUUAACCAGUACAUGUAUGCUAUGGUUAAGCUAGACCGAUAUGACGACACAUUAGAUCUCUUCCUGGACACUUGUGUAGCAUCUCCAUAUGCCGAUGACUUCAAAACCCGCUCCUAUGACCUGCUGCGUGAUGGAUGUGCCAGAGACAGCACAUACUAUUCUUACACCAAUGGUCAGCACUACUUUGCUCAGUUCCAUUUCCAGGCUUUCAAGUUCCUUCGUACUCACGCCUAUGUGUACCUGCAGUGUAAAGUGAUCAUCUGCCCUGACAACGAUUACAACUCUCGCUGUCGCCAAGGUUGCCGUAAGCGCCGCAGGAGAUCCCUUGACACUACCUACCACACCAACACUGUAAUACUGGGGCCAAUUAAACUCAAAGAAGGGACACCUGCUUUGAAGCAGCCUGAGAAUAUUGAGACAGCAGAGUGAUCUGUUCCUCAGCAUCAUCUUGAUUUUCUAAUAUUUAUCAUUAAUCACAACCCAUCAUCCUUCCUGAGCAAACUG